AUGUCGUUGUAUCCCAGCUUCAGGGCCAAGUUCGUAAAGGCCAACGCCUGGAGCAGCGAUGAAGGGCCUACGCCGGAUGGCCCGGAGCUGGUGGUGCGGACAGGCAUGCCUCAGGCUGGGCCUUCAGGUUUCUGCAAGCCCCUGGUGCUGCCGCAGCUGGAUCUGAACUCAGUCCGGAGCAAGGACGCCGAGCCCCCCGUCAGCGAGUCGAUUCUGAAGCGCAAUAAGCUUGCCCUAUUCGAGAAGCAGUGCUCCAAGGUCUGCGAGGGCCUGUACGUCAGCGGGGAGUAUGUCGCCAAGAGCCUGGAAGCGCUGCGUGCCUGCGGCAUCACCCACGUCGUGAACUGCGUUGGUGCCAUGUAUCCAGAGUACUUCAAGGGCGACGGCGUCCAGUACCGCACAUUGUGGCUGCAGGACAGCCCCUCGGAGGACAUCCUAUGUGUGUUGUACGACACGUUUGACUUCAUCGACCGAGCCCGGUGCGGCGCCGGCGCACCUGGCAGCGUGCAGCUGCGGCAACGACUGGAGCGGCCACUGGAGCAGCAGCAGCAGCAGCAGCAGCAGCAGCAGCGGCAGCAGCAGCAGAGCCAGCACCAGCCCGUAUCAGCGAGCGCUGGGGCGUUCGUGGAUGCGGCAGCGGGCGCCGGCCAGCCGGCCGUCGGAGCGUGGUGCAGCCCGAUGGAGGUCAGCCGGCCGCUCAGCUGCGGAUCAGCCACCGACGCGGGCGCAGACGCCGCGGCCUGCAGCAGCGGCGGCGCGGGCGGCGGGCGGGUGCUGGUACACUGCUCGCAGGGGGUCAGCCGUAGCACAACGAUCGCGAUCGCGUAUCUCAUGUGGAAGCUGGGGCAGCCCUACGAAGAGGUGUACCAGGCGGUCCGGGCGCUGCGUGGUGUGACCAGCCCCAACAUCGGGUUCACGUGCCAGCUGCUGCAGUGGCAGAAGCGGCGCUCGCGGCCGCCCAACCGGGUGCGCGUGUACCGCAUCGCCCCCCACACGCCCGAUUCCCCGCUGUACCUCGUGCCGCGCGCCGUGGCGCCCGCCGCGGGCUGCGCCCACCCCGAUUCGCGGUGCCUCGACCCAAGGGGCUGCUUCCUGAUCCACCUGCCGACUAAGCUGUACGUGUGGCGUGGUACGGACUGCCUGAGCACCAUGCUGGAGGGCGGCCUGCGGUGUGCGGGGCAGCUCGUCUUUUACGAGGGCGCCGCGCCGCCGGUGGUGGUGCACCAAGGGGAGGAGCCGGAUGAUCUUGUGGCGGCCCUCACGCCGGCGGCACCCAGCAGCGCCAUCCAGCCACCUGGCGGCGGCGGCGGCGGCGGCGGCGGCGCUGACAUCAGCGUCGAGCCGUCCUCUGCCAGCCUCCAGGGCGGCUGGGCUGCCGCCGCCGCGGGCGCCACCGCGGCGCCCGCGGCGCUCGCGGCCACGGCGUCCGCGCCCCCGUCUGAACCGGGGCCUGACGACGGCGAAUGCGGGGCGGCGGACUCGGAGCCAUCUGCAGGCGCGAGCGCUUUCUCGUCGCCCCCGGCGUCGCUGCCGGCAUCUGCAGCGGGCUCCUGGCCCACCAGCGCGCGGGUCGGCUACACAGGCAUGGCCGCUGCCGGUGGCGCGAUGCAGCGCGGGCCGUCGCAACAGCUGCAGCAGCAGCAACAGCAGCAGCUGCAGCAGCAGCAACGGCAGCAGCAGCUGCCGUCGCGGAGGCCCUCGCCGCGGCCGAGCGGCUGCGACGCCGCGGGCGCGGCGGCGGGCGCGGCGGCGGAUGCAGCGGCGGACGCGGCUGCGGAUAUGUUGGUGGAGCAGCUGAGCCAGCAGCAGCUGAGCGGGCAGGCGAUGCCGGUGUCCCCUGUGGAUGACUACACCCCCGAGUUCCAGUCAUUCUUCCGAGCCCUACGCCAGGCCGGCGGCUCCGACGCCGCCGGCGCCGGCCGCCUGACCCCACGGUCCUCCAUGCUGCUCUUCAGCCGCGAUGACAGCGCGGCGGGCGGCGCGCGGCCCGACUCGCCUGCGACGGUGGAGGGGCGGAGCCGCAAGUACAGGCGCAGCGACAGCGAGCGGUGGGGCGCAGGCGGCGGCGGGGGCGGCGGCGGCGCGAGCAGGCUCAGCAGCGCUGGCAGUGGCUGGUGGGGCGGGGCCCUGCCACAGGCGGCCGCCGGCGCCGGGGUGGGCGGCGACGCGGGGCCCGCGUCAGGCGCAGACGCCUGA